UCGACUUCUAUCCGCCCAUAGACAACUUCGGGUCCGUCAUUGAAGCAAUCAGAGCAGUGACUGGUGGAAUCUUCCCGUCAUAUUCGAAAACUUGAGAAAUUUCAAGGCAAUAAUCUUCCCCGAUAUUUCCUAGCUGUUGAAAAGUAUUUUGUUCGUUUUCGACAUCCGAGAAGAUUCCUGCCCUGUCGUUUACUGACUUUCCAGGUACAAACCCCGCUUCCUUGAUGUUUCCUUCUUCAUCAAAACUUUAUCGUGUAGAACUUUUCUGGUGAGGGUUUCCUAUAUUAAUGAAAUGAAACAACAGAGAAGCUUUCUUUUAACCUUAUCGUGUACGUUGGGAGAAGAGCCUCAAGUAAACUAUACAGCGAAGACAAUCUUUUCAUUUGUCGGAUGCUUAUUCGGUGGCUGCAAAGACAUUGCAAGGAAAAGACCCGGAAGGAGUUGAAAUGUUCUUUGCGCUGCUUUCUUAAACGGCUCUUGAGAGAUCUAUAAAUAAAGCUGAAGCCAACGUUUACAUAAGAAAUUUCAAUUCGCAAAACCCGUCUUCUUUUUAACAUUGCUGCUUGAUCGGUGUAGGUGUUGUUUGAACAGUCAUUUAAGUCUAUUUAAUUCAGAAGGAUUCCUUUAUCUUCUUCAAGCCAAGGCCCGUUUCCUUUCUGGAGAAAUCUAAGGGAGAGAUAGAUGGCUGAAGGGCAGAGAGUUAGAGGGCUACUAGCAUAUCCAAUAAGGGAGACUACGGAUUCCUGUGUAAAAGCAAUUCAUCUCUUUGCUUGCAUAAUUAUUGCGUUACAAAAUCGUGUUAAGGAUGAUUUGGCCACCAAGAUCCAACCCACCAAGAAACCAGCCAAGAUCAGUCGACCUCACAAAUAUGUAUUAAAAGGGACCGUUAAGCUGUUGAGAACGGUGGAUUGGUCGACGACAAAGCCAACGGGAAUUAUAAAAAAGAUAAAUGGGCUGCUGACUGUUCCUUUCUUACAUUUUGAAUGGAGCAGGAAUCUUGUGAAGAAAUUACCAUUCGGAGCAGCAACGGUAGAACUUUCGAUAGCUGUUGGAAGGAUUAUUGUGGCAUUGAAACUUGGAUCCAAAGAAGUAUUUAAAAACUUUGCCAGUGUGAUAGCUUCACUUAUGUUUAACAGAUAUGGCGAGGAAGCUGCUCUCAUCACUGCUGACUACAUGGAAGCAUCAGGUCAUGUGUUACAUAUUCUUUGGAAUGCAAUUCAAAUACUAGAUCCAAUAUCUCUUCCACUGGAUGUCAUCCCAGAAUUUCACGACAUUUAUGUGGAGACUGGUAUAGAUCAUAUAAAAGAUGUAAUAGAGGAAGAAGUAGACAUUGAUUGGUUCAAGCCAAUACCAGAAAUAAACAAAACUGCUGCAUGGGAAGCUGUAGCUAUUUAUGCAAAGAAGGAAACAACAACUGCUAAAAAUAGUCUUGAAGAGAAGUAAUUUUGGUUGAAAACAUGAUGCUGAUUUCCUAGAUUCACAAGUUGCAGUCCUUUAUAUAGAUUUAAGACAAUUUGUAUACGCGAUUUCUAGUCCUUAAACUUGGUUAAGGCUAUUUAUGAAUGUUUCAUGGAUUUCAAUCUUGUUUACUUUA